AUGUUCCUCGCAUGUUCCUUCAUGGGUCUCUUUCCCGCAGUCUUUCGAGGAAGCCCAAGCGAGCCAAAGGUUCUCGUGGCAAGGCAUAACGAACACCAUCCUACUCGUCCCGAAACAGUGCGGAACCACGAUGCCGAGAUUUCAGUGCUCUUCCAACGCGGACGGUUACCUCGACUGCGUAACCAACACAUCUCAAAGCACACAAUGGCUGCAAGUGCCGUCCUGUUGGAGCUGCGUGUGGGAGCCACUCCACCUACUGCAGGGUGGCAGGCUGAUGCGACGAGGACCGGGGCAGACAGGCGGCGAUUGUCAUGA